AUAGCGACUAAUUGUAUGCAGAUACUGGCAAAGGCGUCCACUACCCCGCCACCAAAACAGCACCGUUGUUUCCGACAAGGAAAUAAGAUACUCAGACUAUUUUUACAGACCCGCCUCUCUCAGAGCCAGAGGGAGGAAGGAAGAGGAGAGCAGCCCGGGACGGAGACGCUCCACUCCGCCGCCCUCAGCCGUGUGGUGUCGGCCUCGCUGCGUUUUUCCGCCUUCCACUUAUUGCUGAUCAUUUCCCCCUGGAGCACCGCUGGCACUUCAGAGAGCCCACGGCAACGCGACACCUCUGCUGGAGCUCCUAAAGGAGGAAAGCACUGGUCUUUCCCUGAGUGCUGCUGUCACACUGGCUUGAGCUCUCCUCAAACUUACCGAGGUCCAGUCAGCAUGUCUUCGUCCUACGCAGCCGCCAUAUCAGCCCUAUAUACAAUCAACCAGCCAAUUUAUCAGCCUUUUCAAGAAACAAAACGUAAAAGUAGCAGCAGCAAGCGUCCUACACCUAGCAAGAACCCCCCUGGCCCGCCAUCUUCGCAGAACCAUUCUGCAUCGCCUGAGCCUGCUGGAUUUUAUGAAGAGCAACAGGAGAAUCCCUCAGAUUACGGCAUAGGUGGUUAUUACCCUGUAGAGAUCGGAGACAUUUUUGUGGACCGCUACCAAGUCCUUAAAAAGUUGGGAUGGGGUCACUUCUCCACCGUAUGGCUCUGCUGGGACAUGGCAACGAAGCGCUUUGUGGCUCUGAAGGUGGUGAAGAGUGCUGAAAUUUUUACAGAGACGGCACUGGACGAGAUCAAGCUGCUUAAAUGUAUAAGGGACAGCGACCCUAAAGAUCCUAAGCGGGAGAAAAUUGUGCAGCUCAUUGAUGACUUUAGAAUCUGCGCUACGACUGGAGAGCAUGUGUGCAUGGUUCUGGAGGUUCUAGGCCACCAGCUGCUCAGGUGGAUCGUCAAAUCCAACUACACAGGACUCCCCCUGCCUUGUGUUAAAAGCAUCCUCAAACAGGUUUUGCAGGGUUUAGAUUACUUGCACGCUAAAUGCAAAGUAAUCCAUACCGACAUCAAGCCAGAAAACAUCCUCCUGAGAGUGGAUGAGGUUUAUAUUAGGAAGCUUGCAGCCAAGACAAAGCUGUGGGAGUUGCCCGUUUCGUCGCCGCUAAGCAGCUCAGUUAACAAAGACCCAGGAAAAAAACAGAGUGGGUUCAACUUCUUUGGGAAGCUGACAGGAGUUCUGCACACCCUUGGCGAAUUGUCCAGCAAGGUUUCCAGGAGUCCAUUAACGCGGCUAUCAGCGAAGGACAAACGCUGCCGAGGACAGAAGAAUCCGUCUGACCUGAAAUCAGACAAACCUCAUGUGACCUUCUCUGAAGGUGCUGCUGCUGCUGCUGCCCCAAGCACACAUCAGUCCACUUGUAAUUCAAAGCUCAGAGGUCCUGACCUUAAGAUAAGGAGACAGACUUUGCUGUUUGAAGAUGGAUUGGACAGCACCCCACGCAGCCACAGAGGCUCAAUGGGCUCUUGCCCAAACAUUAGCCUCGAUGCUCCUGUUUCUGCCUCCAGAUCCGAGUUUUUCCACCAGACCGUGUGCUCCGAGCCUGCUCCAGCUUCCCCGGCUAGAGCAAUCAGCAACCCAGAUGUGCCUGUAGACCUGUUGAAGCCUCAGAAUGCUGACAAAAUUGUUGUCAAGAUUGCAGACCUGGGCAAUGCCUGCUGGGUGAACAAGCACUUCACUGAAGACAUUCAGACUUGCCAGUACCGCUCUAUAGAGGUUCUGAUUGGUGCCGACUAUGACACUGCCGCUGACAUCUGGAGUACUGCCUGCAUGGCCUUUGAGCUGGCUACGGGAGACUACUUGUUUGACCCCCAAUCAGGAGCUUCAUACUCCCGGGAGGAAGAUCACAUUGCUCACAUCAUUGAGCUGCUUGGACCUCUUCCAUCCCAGUUUGCUCUUUCUGGGAGAAAAUCCAAACAAUACUUCAACAGAAAAGGACAACUGCGGCACAUCUCAAAGCUGAAACCAUGGAGCUUGUUGGAGAUCCUGCUGGAUAAGUACGAGUGGCCACGAGAGGAAGCUCUCCCGUUCACUUCCUUUCUCCUCACCAUGUUGGAGGUGCAGCCACAGAGAAGAGCCACAGCCGGCCAGUGUUUGAGACACCCCUGGAUUGCCUCCUAGAGGCAGCAGCUUCAUGCCUUUCAGAGCACAGCAGACAAUUAAUGUUAAAUGGGUCUCAGCCUGUUGGUGGAGUAGCUCGAUGCUGGCAUCUGUUAAAAAAACAAACAAACACUCGCUUAAGUUGGACUUUUUUUCUUAGUGGUUGUUUGAUACUUUAAUAUUUUUAUGUUAUAUUCUGUCAAUGCAAUGACCAAAGAGAAGAGGGAAUGUUUGUCUUAUGGAAAUGUCUGACUGGGUCUCUACACAGUCAGGAUAAGUUGAGAAAAAUGUAUGUUUUUCCAGAUUUUAUUGCCAAUCCCAUGUUCCUUCCUUCCUUCCUUCCUUCCUUCCUUCCUUCCUUCCUUCCU